UUUGUGCUGGGUUGCUGUUUUCCAGUCAUCGGAUGUUGAGAUUGUCUGGGGACUCUGUAGGUUUUCAAGUAAUUUGUAAAAGCUCAAUCAAUGUUUGCCACAGGAGACAGAGGCAUUGGAACUAUGCAUUAAACCAUGAGGAAGAUUUCACCCGCUAGGGACGUCAAAGUUGCACCCCACAUACACAGUCAUCAUGAAGAAGUUUACGCUGAAACUGGACGCGAUUUGUGCGAAGCUAAAGCAGGGCCUGACCGGCCCGCUCACAGAUGGCACACCCGUCAAUGGUGUGUCACACGAGGGCGCUGCCCCCACAGAACAUUUUCAGGAGCAUCCUAGGGCAAGUAUUAAGACUCUGGAUGGGUCCGAGGCAGGCGUGUCGCCAUGUCUUAGCUCCAGCGAGAUGGACAAUCUGUCCAAUCACAGUCAGGACGAGUCAAGCGAUCUGAACGGAUUCUCGGAUCCGGACGGCUUCUUGAUGGGAGAGGGGCUCAACGGCCACUCAGAAACACCAAAGACCCUCAGUGGUGCAAGCAAACGUAAAUCCAGACUAAAACUUGCCCCGAGGCGUGUAGUGGACCCACUGGAUUCACACCAGCCAAAUGAAAACGGCUUCACAGACUUAGUAGCAAUUAACGAGGACAGUGGGUUCCUAAGGAGCAGGGAAUGGAACGGAGGAUGCAGCGAUAAAUCUCAGGGAAGCAACGCAAGCGAUUCAACGUCUAUGCAAAUAUAUUUGUCACGUCAGAAUGGCGACUCGGCAGACAAUCAAGGCAAUAAUCAUGUACAUAAUAUAUCAGCCGAGAGCGCCCUCAGUGACAGAUCAAGUCUAAAUGGAGAACAUGAGCGCGAUGCGACUCCCCUCUGGUACGAAGACAGUUCUCAUAGUGAGGAUGACUUUCCAGAGAUGCACCACGAGGCCGAUAACGAAGAUGAGGACAGCGGGAACGAGAUAGACGGCACGGCGAACUCCGCAAACUUGAGCAAUCUCAAAGCAAUACAGGAGUACGCCGAGCGCAGCUUGGCGGAUGACCAGUCCGGUCAGCCGAUUGAAGAGGGACUCGGGACAAACGAUGUUAUCUGUGAACUCAAGGAUGGACCGGCCGUGGAGGACGCAGAAGUUACGUCGACAAUGCGGAACGAGAUCCAAAGACAUCUUGAGGCAGAAGAGGCAGAGAGUGAAGACGACGAGGACGAUAAAGACGCAGAUUACCAAAUCCCAUCGGAUGUCAGGGUGGCCCCGCUUAAGAUACCCAUGCCGGUAUUUGGUAAGCCGGGUAUGAAGAACCCGUAUGACCCAUCGGUGGUGCAGGAGUACGCUAGCGACACCAUGAAGGAGUUAAUUGGGAUGUACGGCUUUGAAGAGGCAACACCCGAUAUCGCCAAAGAUAUGCCAUUGGACUCUUUCAGCUUCAAAAAUAUACUUAAAAUGGAACAGAAAAGUACUGGCCGACGUAAGAGGGAUGCUCUACAAAAGUACAUAAGUCGCCGUGCCAACCUCCAUAUCCCGAACCCGGCACGGCUCCAUGCAGCUCAUUCAACCACCUCACCGAACGACACCGGACACCAUCCGCCGCGAAGUACCAGCGAUAGCAUGGACAGUCCCAACCAGGGUAAUCCAUCAGGAACCGACUCGGUACCCCAACUUGCGUCCCAAGCUGGCGUCGGAGGGAAAAUUGCAUCGCUUCCUCUCUCCACCGAGCCACAACACAAAAUCAGACACCCAACAGUCGGUAAAACGACCAAGACGGUUAAAGAUUUGAUCAAUGAGCAGAAGGUCAAAGAGGAAGGGGCGGAGCUAGAGGAGGACGACGAGAACCGACCGAAGCGGUUCUCGAAAUACGACUUCUUCAUCCAGAGUCUAGAAGCAGGUCAAGCUAUUGACUAUUCAGCACAUCGGAUCUCGAAAUAUGACAGCUACAUCCGCAAACUCAAAGCUGGUGAGGCAAUCCACAAAAUCAUCGGCCGUCGUCAGAGUGCCUCACAGAAAAUCCGCGACAUCAUCAGCACCCAGAUCCAUCGGAAGUACGAGCAUGGCGAGGCUCUACCCGGCUCCGAAGACAGCGCCUCAGAGGUUUCUCCGAAGGCAUACAAUCUCGCCUCCAACAACCACGUCACGACCUCCUCCAAGUACGCGUCCAAGUACGACUACUUCCUCAACAAACUCCACAAGGGAGAGGACAUCAAUCCUUUUGAGAUUAAUCUCCAAGACGUUGCAUCUACCUCCGGCUCUUCCUCCUCAACCUCCCCCAACGGAAUCCCCUCCCACGCCUCCAUGUCCACCAAUGGGUCCCUGCUGGACUACAGCGACCGCUCGGCGUUCUUUGGCGACCAGGGAGACCUGGUCAUAGCCGAGGACCAUCAUCAGGACGUGUCGUUUGGAGAAGGGACAAGUGCUGGGAACAUCUCUAACGGCACGGCCAAAAUGGUGAAGGAUGAAAUCACGGCGGAUGAGAUGAACGUCUUCAGUAAAUACAUCACAAGAUAUUCCGGAGCGGCGCACUGUGGUCAUCUACACUGCGUGUACCAGUUUAAAGAACACUACCACUGUAUCGACGAAGGCUGCAACUUUGCUAGAUUCACACGUAAGGAAGAUGUCGUGCGGCAUUACAACUGGCACAAGAGGCGUGAUAACUCCCUACAACACGGCUUCAUGCGGUUCAGUCCGUCGGAUAAUUGCAGUCCGUAUUACCCAGAAUGCACUAUUAACCUGAAGCAUACACACUACCACUGUUUACAGACCGCCUGCAACAAAGUCUACACAAGCACCUCUGAUGUACUUACCCAUGAAAACUUCCACAAAAAGAACCUAUCUCUGAUUAGCGAAGGCUUCCAGCGGUUCCGGGCCACGGAGGACUGCGGUGUGCCGAACUGCGGCUUCUACGGCCACAAGACCACCCACUUCCACUGCCGCAGGCCGGGCUGUGAGUUUGUCUUCAAGAAUAAGUGCGACAUUGAGAAGCACAAGACCUACCACAUGAAGGAUGACAUCUAUCGCAAGGACGGAUUCAAGAAGUACAGUAAACACGAGAAAUGCAAGUACAAUUGGUGCAAAUUCUCCAACAACACCAACCACUUCCAUUGCAUUCGCAAGAACUGCGGCUUCGUCUUCACUGCGGCCAAUCAGAUGCAAUCGCACAAGCGCAAACACGACCGGCGCCAGCGCAUCCUGGAGUACGAAGCGGCGCGCCACCAGAGAGGGGUCUCGCUGCGGUUGAUCAGACCCAAGCCGAUUCCGAGUUUCUCCUCGAUGAGGCGCUCUCGCGACGCCCCGGAGACGGUGCUCAUCCAAGCAGAUGGUUCCGUCCUGCCGCACCGCAUCAAGACCAUGGAUUACAUCCCUCCUCUGGUCGGCUCGACAUCUCAGAGUGCCCUCACACCAAUCACCUCAACGACUACAACUGCAGCUGACUCGGCUGAGUUGCCGUCGGCGUUUGCGAACAUGGACUCCACUGGAGUGUCGGCAGACGAACUGAGCGACUCACUGAAUUUGCCCGUUGCAUCUCACAUUUCACCACCUCAACUAGGCGAACAAGUCAAUGCAGAGACCGUCACCACUGCAUCCCCAGUAGUAGCGCCACCUGCUGCAGCUGCUGCAGCGUCCAUGGCCAUCGCUACUGCGGCGAUCCAGAGCAGCAUCCCAUCAAACCGCAGCAGCAGCACGGGAAACAAGUUCAGCAGUACGGGAUUGAAGAUUGAGAGGAAACCCGAAGAACCGUGGCAGAAGUACCUCUUGAGGUUCACGGCCAAUGACCCCUGCCGACCCCGUUGUGAGCUGCUAUACAAAGACCACUACCACUGUAAAGUAGAGGACUGCGGGGCUGUGUACAAGUCUAAAGAGGGCGUUAACAAGCAUGCUAGAUAUCACAUGCUCUCCGACGAGGCCAACGAUCUUGGGUUCCAGUACUUCCAACAAGGAGAGAGCUGUGAGGAACUCUUUCCAGGGUGUUCGUUCAGCCCGUUGGCUCAUUAUCACUGCAUGUGGAGUCUUAAACCUGGUAUUUAUUGCGGGGAAGUGGUCCACACCGGCAGCUCAUUAAUGAAGCCUCAUUAUGAGAAGCACAAGUUGAAUCCAGAGCUAGAAUCCAUCCACAUAUCGGCGGUAACCUUCUCAGAAGCCAUGGCCCAGAGUGCACCCAAGGCUUCCAGCAAUCCCACUCCUGCCACUAAAACAACAGUCAGCGAGAGCUCCGAUCAGCAGGCAGCAAGCGAGGUCACUAGCUCUGUGCAGGCGACCGAUCUGCUUCCAAGUACUUCCUCCCCCGGGGUGGCUCCUGGCGAAGGGUUCAUCACCUGUGAACCAGACGUCUGCACGGUCGAGGACUGCCCGCACAGGGCCAAGCAGCACUUCCACUGCACUAGAGGUGACUGCCAGUUUGCAACGGAGAGCAAGGACAUGCUGCAGGAUCACAAGGUCAACGAGAGCGUGAUCUUCCAGAGCUUUCGACAGAUGAGUCGUAAACUGGACUGCCGACGUCCAGGGUGCAAGUACAACCUUCUCAAUAAGCACUACCACUGUCUCCACCAAGGAUGUAAUUUCUCUUUCUUACAGAUUCAGCAGAUGGAAAGCCACGGUCGUAAACACAUGAGACGCAUCUACGGAAAGCAUUUCAAUAAGCCAGGAGGCUCCUUGAUCGGUCCCCAGCAGCUUGUCAUCCCCAUGGUGUCAGCGAGCUCGGUACCCUUCUCACAAGCCGUGUCGAAUCAAAUCAUGUACACCAGCGCAGCACCCGUUCUGACCCUCCCUACAGUGUCUCCGAGCGUGGUGCCCAUCAUCACCUCGGCUAACCCCACCCCUAUGAGUCACAGCGCCGUCGGGUUGAUGAGCGUUGGGAACAUGGGGAUGGUUAAUCAGGCAGGGCUUCCUGUUCAAGUCUUAAGUUCAGCCUGCCAACCCAAGCCGCUGCCCCCGUUCAUGAUCCCACUCACUCCCCUUGAUGAUGAAGACUCGAGCGGCAGCAGCCUUCAACCGGGCACCAGCCUGGCGUGCAACGUCGAGACUCUUCUGAAGUAUCAGGCGUUGUCGAUGAAGAAUUCAGCAGCUGUUUACCAGGCCAUGCAGACAGCUCCUGUUCGCAAGCGGUGCCUGAAUCUUAUCGAGGAGGACCCAGGAGCUCCGUCUGGGUAUAAACGCUACAAGAGGGGACCGUUGGACUCCAUCAUGAUGGACCGCUUCCGCCGAUUCGACCGCAGCGAGAACUGCAACGAGGAGACGUGCCAGUUCAACAUGACGACGACCCACUACCACUGCCUACACGAGGAUUGCACGUACCGCUUUGCAGGCAAGACAAUGAUGUACAAGCACGCCCAGCAUCACGACCGCGUCAACAGCAUCAUCCAGAACGACUUCCGCCGCUUCAAGGCAAACCACGAGUGCGCUCACGACGGCUGCCCGUACCAGGGCAACAGUACCCAUUUCCACUGCUUGCGAUGCAACUUCGCCUGCACCGACUCCGGCAAGGUGGCGGUGCACCGUAAACAGCACGUCAAGACGGACACCAUCUCAGCGGCGGGGUUCCGGCAGUACAGCAGCGCAGAGCCCUGCGGGUUCGUCGGCUGUAAGUACACCCUGAGGUACUCCCACUUUCAUUGCAAUAGAGAGGGGUGCGUCCAGGGGGUCAUCGGGAUGACGCAGAUGGAGACCCAUCGACGGAGACAUCUUCUUAACGUAAGAGUCUAAGACGGUUAGCUUGACUCACCAUGUGCAAUCCCAGGUGAAAGUGUUUUCUGGAGCUCGUUAGAAACGGGGUAUCACCUGUUUCCCUAAUAGAAUCACAUGUACGUAACAUGAUUAUGAUGUCAUCAUGCUAGAAUCAAAUCAGACAUUGUGGUCGGGCAAGGUACGAUCGAAUUUCAUCAUAGCGAAAAAAAAGUUUAGAGAGGAAUUACACAAUGUACUUACAUCUUUAAGGCAACGUGGUGUUUGGUAAGGGGUGGCUACACAGUGGGUACACAUACAUGGGUGUGUUACGGUUGCACAUCGAGUGUAAACCGAAUGCAACCUGGGUGUCUUAAAGGUACAUAGUAGGUAUCCUACCUAGCGCAUCAUGAGUACAUCAUAUGGUAUACAAUGAGUACCUCUUAGGUACAUAAUGGGUACAUCAUAUGGUACGUUAUGGGUACCUCUUGGGUACAAAAUGGGUACAUCAUAUGGUAUACAAUGAGUACCUCUUAGGUACAUAAUGGGUACAUCAUAUGGUAUACAAUGAGUACCUCUUAGGUACAUAAUGGGUACAUCAUAUGGUACGUUAUGGGUACCUCUUGGGUACAAAAUGGGUACAUCAUAUGGUAUACAAUGAGUACCUCUUAGGUACAUAAUGGGUACAUCAUAUGGUUUGUUAUGGGUACCUCUUGGGUACAAAAUGGGUUCACAUUGGUACCUCAUGGUUUUAAAGGUGCAUUACGGGUUCCAACAGGUACAUUGGGUAUACAGCAUAUAUACAUGAAGGCUCAUAGUUGUCACAAUUGGGUUGUUUGAGGUUAACCAUCAAACCUGAAGAUCCAUAGACGAAUCAUCACAACCAGUAUCUACUGCCAUUGCUGUUUUGUAUAAAUAAUACAUAUGCAUGAACAAUGACAACUCAUGCAUAGUCAUGUCUUCUUAAUAUAUGCUAAUGGGUUAAUAAUAUGCAAGUAGCUUUUAAGUACUCACACCCAACUACCGGAUGGAUCCAAAAGGCAGCUUAGAUUUGAAAUAACUUGAGAAUAUUUUGUCCUGCCUUGAAAUAAAGAAUUUCUACGAUUACUUUUGUCAACGGGACUAUCAUAGCAUCACAUUUUAUAUUUUGACAGAAAUUAUUUUUUUU